AUGAGUUAUAAAAUUUAUGAUCUCACAAAUGAAGCAACGACACUGAUGCUAGAAGCGGACAAAAACGUCGAAGAGUUUGAUAGGACCUAUGAUGCCUUUACAACGGACUACAUCAUUGAUACAUACCGGGAAUGGAGGGAAAAACAAACUUUGCUGGACACCAUUGCAUCUGCACGCAGAUCCAGUUUGGGAGAAUAUUUAAUCAUAUAA